AUGGCAGAGGAAGAGGCAAAGCUGCGGGCCAACCCUGGCGCGGACACGGACGGGAACCCUUUCGACAACGUCGUGGGCCUUUUCUGGUUUUUCCAGAGCACUCGCCCUUAUAUGCAAGCUCGCUUUGACUAUAUCACUGCCAUCCUUAAUGUUCGCACUGGCGAAGCAGUCGAAAUCGCCCUCGAUCAUUCCCUCGAUCUGCUUCGCCUCUGCAGGGGCGACAAUUUGGGUGUUCGCUCCCAUGUUCCUGCGCUGUAUCUCCGCCUUGGGAGGGACCAAGAUGCAUACGACUUCAUCAAAUGGUAUGCCGACAGAGGCGACUCGAACUACAACUGGCGCGACAUGAGCUUGCCGUAUCUAGACAUGCAUGGAGAGGAUACGUUUGAGGCUGUCAACGAGAACCCCCACCACGCCAACCUAUCUUUCCUCAUAGCCUUGACUCUUAUUAAGAUUCGUUUAAUGAAGGACUUACAGUCUCUCCAGGCACUCUUGCAAAGCAACCCUAAUGCGACAGGGGAAGCGAGAUAUGACCACCUGCAGGAGGAGGCGAUGAGCGAUGUACUUCUGAAACGGCCGGACGUUGUUGCGCAAGACAACUACGAGGAAACAAUCGCCGAGCUACGGCGCCAGGUGCUACAGCUCUACAGAUUGGUCAAGGGGAAAAAUCCACACUUCUGGCCAGGCAUUGCGAACCCGGCCCUGUUCGCUUACAGUGUGCCAACGAUUUACACCCCGGGUUCACGAGAAGAGGCUGUGCUUGUUUUUCGGCACUCGUGGUAUUCUUGGUCGGAAACGGAACCGGCCAUACAGUUUAUUAGAGGAGUUAUAAGUAGCGAUGCAUAA